AUGAUUCUAUUUGAAAAUCCGACAACCUUAUCAUCUGAAAAUACACCUUUAUCCGGAUGGUUGGUAAUUCCUAGAGACCCCAGAUAUAUGCGGCAACAAACAUUAAAUUAUGCAUGCACCCUUGCUGAAACUAUGUUGGAAGAAUUGGGUAUUAUGGCAGAAGUUCAAGUUGAUAAAAACUUGGUUCUCAAACUUUAA